AUGAGGACUGGUAGCGGCGGUGUUCAGGGCUCAUUCUCUCCCAACCAGAUUGCAGAGGUGGAGACAGAGACGGAGACGGAAAGAGACUCUUCGUCCAGUGUCUUCUUUCGUUCAGGGCUCGAGGCCAUGGAGAUGAAAUGGAAGAAGAAGAAGAAUAUGAGGAACAAUGAAAGAAGGCACUGGACGAAGAGUCUCGGAAACAACAGUUUCAAUCGCAGCCCAAACUCUGCAAGAUUUCAGUCAAGUGUAUUUGGUUCUACUGUUCCAAGCGGAUCAUCUAUUUUACAGUUGAAAGACGACACAUUGUUCAGGGGAUGCAAUGUCAAGAGAGUCCAACCCAUUAAAGCAACGGCCACUGAAUUGCCACCAACUGUUCAGAAAUUGAAGACCGGUGGGAAGUCAAAGGUUGGGAUCAAUGGUUUUGGUCGGAUUGGAAGAUUGGUUUUACGAGUAGCAAUAUUCAGGGAUUAUAUUGACGUGGUGGCAGUGAAUGAUCCUUUUAUUGAUGCUAAAUACAUGGCCUACAUGUUUAAAUAUGACUCUACUCAUGGAUUAUUCAAAGGAAGCAUUAAGGUUGUAGAUGAUUCAACCUUAGAAAUCAAUGGGAAGCAGAUUAAGGUUGUGAGUAAAAGGGACCCUGCUGAGAUUCCUUGGGGUGAUUAUGGAGCUGAGUAUGUUGUUGAAUCUUCUAGUGUUUUCACAACAAUUGACAAAGCUUUAGCACAUAAGAAGGGUGGAGCCAAGAAAGUAGUUUUAUCAGCUCCAUCAGUUGAUGCUCCCAUGUUUGUGGUUGGAGUAAAUGAGGAGAUAUACAAGCCAAACAUGGACAUUGUUUCAAAUGCAAGCUUUACUACCAACUGUCUUGCUCCUCUUGCUAAGGUUGUUCAUGAGGAAUUUGGUAUUCUUGAAGGUUUAAUGACAACUGUUCAUGCAACUACAGCAACACAGAAGACUGUUGAUGGCCCAUCAAUGAAGGAUUGGAGAGGAGGCCGUGGAGCUGGACAAAAUAUCAUUCCUAGUUCUACUGGUGCUGCAAAGGCUGUUGGAAAGGUUCUGCCAGAACUGGAUGGAAAACUUACUGGAAUGGCCUUCCGUGUUCCAACUCCUAAUGUCUCGGUGGUGGACACAAGGUAUAAUUUUGUUGGUGACACAAGAUAUAAUUUCUUUGAUGUGUAUUUUUAAUACA